AUAUUAAAUGCACAUCCCUGCGAUCCCCAACCCUAACCAUAGCAAAGUAUCGUCUGAGAUCUGCCGCCGCUGUCCGCUGCGAACCCUAACCGGAGAAGAGGAAGAAGAGUUCAGUGAAGAUGGCAGAUGCUUCGGACGCAGUCGACGUCGGAGGGGCGCAUCCGAAGAAGAGGACCUUUAGGAAGUUUUCCUACCGCGGUGUCGACCUCGACCAGCUCCUCGACAUGGGCCUCGAUGAACUCGUCAAGCUAUUCGGCGCGCGUGCUCGUAGAAGGUUCCAGAGAGGGUUGAAGAGGAAGCCUAUGGCUCUGAUUAAGAAGCUUCGCAAGGCGAAGCGUGAUGCUCCUCCUGGGGAGAAGCCAGAACCUGUGAGGACACAUCUUAGGAACAUGAUAAUUGUUCCAGAAAUGAUUGGAAGCAUUAUUGGUGUUUACAAUGGGAAGACCUUUAACCAGGUUGAAAUCAAGCCUGAGAUGAUAGGCCAUUACUUGGCGGAGUUUUCCAUCUCAUACAAACCUGUGAAGCACGGAAGGCCAGGUAUUGGUGCCACGCACUCCUCCAGGUUCAUUCCACUCAAGUAACUGCUUCUCUCAGUUGAAGAACAUCGAAGAACUCUCCUUGCCCAGUUUUUUUUAUUCGAGCUCAUUAAAACAUUUUAGCAACUUUUAGCAUACAUUUUCAAUUAUGUUUUUGUUUGCUUUGAACAUGUGGAGUGUUCUUUGUUGGCCUUUGGAUUUUGGAAUGGAAUUUUAUCAUCUGGCACAGUUUUUCUCA